AAAAAGUGACCUGUGGUCAAGACUGUUCAGUUUGUAUAUCCGUCCACCACAAUGCGGGCUGUGGAAGUUUUCGUCCUGUUGAUUCUUGUAGGAUCUCUCACGGCUGCAAAAUUAGAACGAUCAUCUAAAGGUGAAAGAAUAAAGGGUCAACGAAAUCGUCCAGGACAGUUACGAAAUGGUGCCAUUGUUUCCCAAGUUCCGGUUCUGUCUCCUCAAGAACGCAGCCGACAACGAAACAACUUUAUCGAUAAAGCUGGUCGACGAAUCGUCAGAUUGAUGGACUUCGUUCAAGGUGUUUUAUCCAAUCGGGGGAAACUACCAUUACCAGCCACGACCGGAAUUGACGCAGACAACAAGAAAAUGGCGAUGAUUAAGGCCAGACGAACAUUUUACAGUUCAGCAGCUCAAACGAUCCAAGGUUUAGAAUUGAAGACGAAAAAUACUUUUAAAGAUCUAAAAGAUUCAGCCAAAUUGUUGCCAGUUGUUGAAAAUCCACGACCAUUGAAACCUGGGAGAAAACAGAAUAAGUUUCCCAGUAGAAAGCCAAACAGACCCAGAAAAAAACAAAACAAAUUUGCAAAUAGAAGAAGAAAAAUGAAUAAAUUUCAACAAUUUCGUGCCAGAAAAGCAAACCGAAAAGUUCAAGCUGCUCGGAGAUUCAGGAAACCAGUGUCAACCCCUAAGGCGACCCCAGAGGCGAUCACAGAAGCAAAUGGUACGCAGCUGAAAUAAAAUAUAAAGCGCCUGUGAGAUUAUUGUGUCAAAUUGAACUUUUUAGCAUGGCUGCAUGAUAUUCUUUCGUUUGAUGCCAAAUAUUUUAAGACGAGACCUCCGUGAAAUUUGGUUUCAAGGGCUGUGUAUGCCAAAUUUAAUUUUUUGAUUUUUUAAUUUUUUAUAGCAAUAAUGUAGAUGUCAUUUUAUCAAUAAAAUAAGAUUCCUUUUGAAUAUUUCACAAUGUCCAUUGCAGUUUACAAGAUGGACAAUUUAGUAUUCAGAUCAUCGGGAAACAGAAGAAUUGAAAAUGCCUUUGCAUACGAAAUUUGCACAUAUGUUUUUAUCUGGAUAUAAAACCAUAAACCACAUCUAUCUUCCUGAUAAGAACGUUGUCUUGGUUUCUUCGAAUGCUCCGACACUCUGUCAAGCCAUUUUCAGACAUAGGAUACAUGGACUCGAUUGAAAUCGAAUUAGUUCCCCAAAUACAAACAAUUAAAGUGUUAAUUGACCGAGUGUAUUCGUUAUACAAAUAUUGAAAAAUAAGAAUGAAUUUAGAAGUUGUAACAAAAUCGAAAGAAAAUGUCGAGUUUUCAAGUGCAAUAAAAAAAACCGUGGUUUAAAUUU